CGGCCGGCUCUGAUUUUUGUCUCGUUUGAAUUUGGGGUAGCGUGCCUUUCCUCCCUUUUCAUUUCGUCCUCUCUGUUUGGAUAAGGCUGAGGGGGAGCUCGAGCGGCGGAGCAGGAGGCGAUUCUCCCCGUCCAUGGCGAUUUCGAGACCUUCCCCCACUCGAGCUUGAUUUCUCUCCCCUUCCCCUUCGCUCCCCGGUGUCGCGGUUUAAAUGGGUAGGCUACGGAAAGUGUCUCAUCAGGAUGUUCCAUUAGUAUCAUCUUUAGAGAGUGCAGAUUCAGUGGAUGAAGCUUUUGUGCCUAAUGAUUUUGCAGAAGAUGGUUCUCAUCCUGUGUGUGUCUCCGGAUCUAUCUCGAGAUGAAGGAGAGUUCGACAAGGCUCUUUUGAAGUUCUAUCUCAAUCAAAAAGUAAAAUGCUUAAAGAGGAAACUAUCAUCUGCUUCUAGGAGGAAUGUGAGGCAGAAACAAUCUACUUAUUUCCCCACUUGUUCCACUUUCACUAGAUAUUCUGGGAAGUUCUUCUCUGGUGUUGUUGCUGGAAUGUGUCCUAGGUAUCAGAAUGUCAUCCAGACAUAUGGCAUGGGCUAUCUCUUAAACUUUGUUAGGACCGAGGUCCCCCUUAGGCUAGUGAAGUGGCUUGCUAGUAGGUUUGAUGUCCCUUCAUCUGAAUUCCAGUUCGAAAGGAAAUUUAUCCCAAUGACCAAGUAUGAUAUCCACAAUAUCCUUGACCUCCCAGUAGAUGGUGAGCCACUUGUGUCUGAUCCUGAGUCUGGACGUGAUUUUAUCCUGUCUCACUUCAAUGUUUCUAGUAUUCCUCCUGUCUCUUUCUUCGCCAACAAGCUUAAAUCCACCGAAGUCGAGUUGUCUGAUGAAGACAUUUUCAUUUGCUUCAUGAUUGUUGCGUUGUCCUCAUUCCUUUGUCCCAACUCUAGCCUCAGUCCUAGCCCGAAGUACCUGCAUAUUUUCAGGGAUUGUUCUUCUCUGUGCAACUAUGAUUUGUCCGGAUAUGUUUAUGAGUGGUUGUUGAGCAGCAUCAAAAAGUUCAAGAAUUCCACUAAAGUUGCUUCUAAAAGAUCAGUGACGUUUGGUGGUUGUCACUAUGCUUUUGUUGUUUGUUACCUUGACCAACUUAAUUUCGGUCUCCAUUCUGUCCCUGAUGUCAAGCCCUGGAUUCUAGCAUGGAGAGGUAACAAAGUUAAGCAAUUUUCAGAGCUUGACAGAAACAAUAGCCGCUCUUAUGGCAAGAGGCCUCUAAAGCGGUUGUUUGCUCCAGUUAAUCCGCAGAAGUCUAUCGAGAAAUCUUCAGCAAGCAAAGAUGGUGAUGUUCCCCUUUGUAGUGACAUGCUUUUUGAAAUGAAUGUGCAGAAAUCCUUCGGUGCUCGUUUUGGGUUUGAGGCUGCUCAAGUAGUCAUAAACCUUGUUCAAUCUAGGAACAAAGACAAGCCCAAGCUAUUUGUAGAAUGGUCACAGUCCCUUGUAAUUGACGUUCUAGAAUGCUUAUCACUCUCUACUCUAAAUGCCAAAUCUGUCCCGAUACCUAAAGUUUAUUCAAGUGAGGGUCAUUCUCUCAACAAGUUCUCUUUUGGCGCCAAGUCUGUCUCUAUUCAAUCUUUCAUUGGUGAGAGGAAGUGUGAGACUGUUGUUGAGAAAUCAUCUCCUGAAGUCCAGCAGCAAAUCCCCAAUUUGAAUGAAGCUUCUCCUUUUGUUUCUGGUGUUGUUAGUGUUGGGGGUUUUCACAACCCAGUAGUUUUAUCUAGUUCAUCUCGAGCUCCUAAAGUGUGUGAUGAGGGCGUGGUAAAUGAGGCAAAUGUUGAAGCUGCAAUUCCAGUGGCGGAUUUAUCUUCUAUAAAAAGUCCUUCUCAUUCUAUAGGUCUGAGCUUUUCUUUUCUCUUAUUUAAAUUCUUGUAUUCUUCAUUUUCCUUUUUAUUUGUGUCUUGUUUAUUUUUUUCUUCACCUGUGCUUGUAUCUUCUCUUUUUGUAGGUAUAUCCCCUUCAACGACGCGGUGUGCAAUUCCUGUUGUUGGUUCUACUUUGGAGCCCUCAGCUGGUCUUAUUAAGAAAUGCGAACCCAAGUCCGAUGAUAAUGGUUUCCAAAGACCCACUUUUGCUCAGUUAAAUCGCACUCUUAGUGUUCAAUCUAAUGGCGAUGUUACCAAUGGUGAGCCCAAUGAUAAAGAGGUCGAUAAUUCUUUUGGAGAACCGUCCCCUCUGGUUCCUAUUCGCUUGUCGCAGCGUUUCCAUAAUGCGCUAGGUGAUGUUGAGUGCUCUCAGUAUGUUGUUGAAAGAUUUAUGAAUUCGCUGGAUCCCCGAAAUUAUGAGGAUUGCGUUGAAAUGGCCGCUUUGCCUAAUUUUAAAGUUUCCAAGUCAACUCACUGCUCAAGCCACCCUACUAAUGAGGUUAAAGAGCUACAAGACGACAUUCAAAUUGUAGGCACUUCUAGUUUUGCUGCUAGGUGUCAACAGCUCUCAAGAUCUAAUGAUGUUGCUUACAACAAGCUCAAGAACUUUACAGCACCUCAAUCAACUAGUUGUAAUCCUAGGAAGCAACAAGCUAUUUCUAGCCCAGAAGUAGAGAUCUUGUCAUCCGGGAGUGCCCCUAGACCUCCUUCAGCUGCUCCUGUUCCUAAAGCUCAUGCACAAUCUUCCAUUGUUCUUAGUGGUUCAUCUCACGGUCAUGUACCUCGGAGGAUGAUUGUUCCUGGCAGAUAUACCUCAGAUCCAUAUGUUGCUCAGGGUAAUAAGUUUCCUGUUGCUAAUCAAGAAAGGCGUCACCACCUUGCAAUGGUGGAAAUAGGAACGCAUGAAACUUGGUGCAAGUUUGAAGCAAUUCGAUAUGACCGAGCUUACUGUAGCUACCGAAAUCUUGCAACUUUGAAGUCCAAAGAAGAUGUGGAUAAUUUCUUGAUUCUGUGUGUCUGUCGUUAUCUUUUCAAACAAUCUCAUCCAUCAGCUUCAAAGAAGCACUUCUUUUUCUCUUACAUUGGGGAAACCAUUUUGAGUGGUGUUAAUAUUGAGAUUGUAGCUAAUGCAUUUCAUGGUGCAAAUAGUGCUUUUGCAAUGUGGAGAAGUAAUCUGCUUUUUUUCCUAUUGCUCGGGAUCAGCACUGGUUUACUUUCGUUGUUUGCUUGAAGGAGAGGGCAUUCGCAUUUCUUGAUUCUGCUUAUGGGCCAAAGUCUCAUUUUCACAAGGAAGUUCGUGAUGCAAUGAUUGAAAAUUUCAUAAGCAUCUGGGAUCAGGUUGUGACUCCUGUCAUGCGCACUCGUAUUGACUUUGAAAAUUUUGAUAUUGUUUACCCUAGUGUACCUCAGCAAGAUAAUUGCCAUGAUUGUGGUGUUUUCUCUAUCAUGUAUCUGAAGUAUUGGACUCCCAGGACCCCAAUUGGAAAUAUGUUUGGUCCUGCUGAUAUCGACAACAUAAGAAUCAGAUUGGCUAAUGAGUUGUAUUUCAGUACAUUCAACAGCGUUGACAAGACUUUUGUUACAGACUUCUUUGGUGAUGUCAAGACUUAGAGUUUAUGGGAGAUGCAUUGGAAGAUAGAAGGCUCUGCUUAGUUUUGAGCUAUAGAUAUUGUUUCUGGACGUUUUUAUAGAUUGUAAUACUACUUUUGAGGCCAUCUUGUUGUUGAUGGUUUGGUGUUUUCCAUUGGUUUGUAAGCCGACAAUAUAGUAGUCCCGAAACAAUGACUCUUUUGUAAUAGUAUGCAAUGUUAUGUUCUUCUGUCUGUA